GCUGCCGGCAGCGGCGCGGCGAGGGGGGCGCUUCUCCUCGCCUGCCGCCCGCCCUGCGAUCCCCUCAGGAGGGCGGCUGAGGAGGGGCCGCCGCUCCAACGGCUUUCCCUUCCCCCCCACCCGCGCCUCGCACGCGCCGGGCCGCCCGUUGGCUGGCGGGGCGCGUGUGCCGGAGCGCCCCCGGCGCGGGGCCGCGCUGGCCUCCCGGCGGACCCGGCACCCGCCGGGCUGGGUGGGCGCAGCGGGGCGGCCCCCUGGUCGCGCCGGAGGGGGCGAUCGCUCUGCGGGCGGCAGGGGAGCGUCGGCACCACCACCAAAAAAAACCCCAACCUGCAGCCAGCUGCGCGGCACGCAAACCGGGAAGGAGCGGCGAACAUCUCACCAGAGCCGCCUGGUUUCUGAUUGCUCCGCGGCAGAGGGGGAGAGAUAGAGACAGAGAGGGGCGAGCGGCAGAGCCGGGGACGGCGUCGGCGGGGUCGGGGGUGCCGCCCCGCAAGUUUCCUUGAUGUCUUCGGGAGCGUGAGGAGGCGCCCGGCCCUUCUCCCCCUUUCCCCUCAGGAGCUGGGCGGCGGGGGCGAGACCCUCCACCGUGGGAAACUGAAUCCCCUCGGCUGUGCCGCUGGCCGGGGAUGCGGGGGCCCGUGCGGCGCGGACGGGGGAGGAGGCUGCUCCCGCGGAGGAGGCUGCUGAAGCUGCUGGCGGCCUUUCUGCGGGGCUGAAGGUGCCACCGGCCGGAGCCGGCAGAGGAAGCGGGGUGCGACCCCAUCGCCGCCACCGCCUCGAAGUUGCCGGAGCGCUCCCAGCGCCGCCGCCCCUCGCGGCAGGGCGGCAGCGGGGGCUCUCGGCGCCCCCCCCAGCCCUCGCUCUCCGGGCCGCCGCCGUGCCCCGGGACCCCGCCGGUGGAUGCGCCCGCCCCGGCCCGGACAGCCGCGGGCGGCAGUGCAGGCAGCGCAGCCCGCCGGGCCGCUCCGGACCCCGGCGGGCGGGGGCGCCGCGGCGGCGUUCCCCGCUGGCCUGAAGGAGGACGGGGAGCCUCGGCGGGCCGAGGACUCGGGGCCCUCGGCGGUCACCAGCCAUGGGGUGUUGUGAGGUGAGGGGAUUGCUCUGGAGAGUCGGCCUCUUCCUCCCCCUGCUAACAGGGCGCCCCGCCGCCGCCGGUCACGUCGCCAGCAACCACGUUGUGUUACUUGAUACUACAGCUGCCAUCGGAGAACUAGGAUGGAAAACAUUUCCUUUAAAUGGGUGGGAUGCCAUAACUGAAAUGGAUGAACACAAUCGUCCCAUUCAUACUUACCAGGUGUGUAAUGUGAUGGAACCCAACCAAAACAACUGGCUUCGAACAAACUGGAUCUCCCGUGAUGCUGCACAGAAAAUUUAUGUGGAAAUGAAGUUUACCCUGAGGGACUGCAACAGUAUUCCAUGGGUACUAGGAACCUGCAAGGAAACCUUCAAUCUUUACUACAUGGAGUCAGAUGAGUCUCAUGGAGUAAAAUUCAAGCCAAACCAGUACACUAAAAUUGAUACUAUUGCAGCUGAUGAGAGCUUUACCCAGAUGGACUUGGGUGACCGCAUUCUUAAACUCAACACAGAAGUUCGUGAGGUUGGGCCAAUAAACAAGAAAGGAUUUUAUCUUGCCUUUCAGGACAUUGGAGCAUGCAUUGCUUUGGUUUCAGUCCGUGUUUAUUACAAAAAGUGUCCUUUCACAGUCCGUAACUUGGCUAUGUUUCCUGAUACUAUUCCAAGGGUUGAUUCUUCCUCUUUGGUGGAAGUACGGGGCUCCUGUGUGAAAAGCGCUGAGGAACGUGAUACUCCAAAAUUGUAUUGCGGAGCAGAUGGGGAUUGGCUCGUGCCUCUAGGACGAUGCAUCUGUAGUGUAGGAUAUGAAGAAGUGGAUGGUUCCUGCCAUGCUUGCAUGCCUGGAUUCUAUAAAGCGUUUGCUGGAAAUGUAAAAUGCUCCAAGUGCCCUCCACACAGUUUGACUUACGUAGAAGCAACUUCUGUCUGUCAGUGUGAGAAAGGUUACUUCAGAGCUGAGAAGGACCCACCAACUAUGGCAUGUACCCGGCCACCUUCCGCUCCAAGAAAUGUGAUUUUCAACAUUAAUGAAACAGCUCUAAUGCUGGAGUGGAGCCCCCCAAGUGAUACCGGAGGAAGAAAAGAUCUCACUUACAGCGUCAUCUGUAAGAAAUGUGGGUCGGACACCAGCCAGUGUGAGAUUUGUGGGGGAGGCAUCCGUUUCAUCCCCAGGCACACUGGCCUCAUCAACUCCUCUGUGACAGUGCUCGACUUCGUGUCGCACGUGAACUACACCUUCGAAAUAGAAGCCACAAAUGGGGUCUCGGAGCUGAGUUUCUCUCCCAAGCAGUUCACAGCCAUCACGGUUACCACAGACCAAGAUGCACCCUCCUUGAUAGGUAUGGUAAGGAAGGACUGGGCUUCCCAAAACAGCAUUGCCCUCUCCUGGCAAGAGCCGGACUUUCCCCACGGAGCCAUUCUGGACUACGAGAUCAAGUACUAUGAGAAAGUCUACCCACGGAUAGCGCCGGCAUUUUGGCACUACCUGCGGGUAGAAGAGCAUGAGCAGCUCAGCUAUUCCUCCACAAGGUCCAAGGCUCCAAGUGUUAUCGUCACAGGUCUCAAGCCAGCCACCAAGUAUAUAUUUCAUAUCAGAGUCAGGACGGCAGCAGGAUACAGCGGCUAUAGCCAGAAGUUUGAAUUUGAAACUGGAGAUGAAACUUCUGAUAUGGCUGCGGAACAGGGACAGAUUCUUGUAAUCGCUACUGCUGCUGUUGGUGGAUUCACUCUCUUGGUCAUCCUCACUUUGUUCUUCCUGAUCACUGGGAGAUGCCAGUGGUAUAUAAAGGCCAAAAUGAAAUCUGAAGAGAAAAGAAGGGCUCAUUUGCAAAAUGGAGAUUUACGGUUCCCGGGGAUCAAAACAUAUAUUGAUCCAGACACAUAUGAAGAUCCAUCUCUUGCUGUCCAUGAGUUUGCAAAGGAGAUAGAUCCUUCGAGAAUUCGUAUUGAGAGAGUUAUUGGGGCAGGUGAGUUUGGAGAAGUAUGCAGUGGACGUCUUAAGACACCAGGAAAAAGGGAGAUACCUGUUGCAAUUAAAACUCUGAAAGGUGGCUACGUGGACAGGCAGAGAAGAGAUUUCCUGAGAGAGGCUAGCAUCAUGGGACAAUUUGAUCACCCAAAUAUAAUUCGCCUUGAAGGAGUCGUUACAAAAAGAUCCUUUCCGACCAUUGGGGUGAAGUCUCUUUCGAGAUUCCUGAGGGCGGGAUUUUUAAAUAGCAUCCUGGCCUCACAUCCAGUGUCAGGGGGUGGAUCUUUACCCCCCAGCAUUUCCUCUGGCAGACCAGUAAUGAUUGUUGUUGAGUACAUGGAGAAUGGAUCCCUUGACUCCUUUCUGCGGAAGCACGAUGGCCACUUCACAGUCAUCCAGCUGGUUGGUAUGCUGCGAGGGAUUGCAUCUGGCAUGAAGUACCUCUCGGACAUGGGCUAUGUGCACCGUGAUCUGGCAGCCCGUAAUAUCUUGGUCAACAGCAACCUCAUGUGUAAAGUCUCUGAUUUUGGUUUGUCACGAGUGUUAGAGGACGAUCCUGAAGCUGCCUACACAACAAGUGGCGGAAAAAUCCCCAUCAGGUGGACCGCUCCUGAAGCUAUAGCUUACCGGAAGUUCUCUUCAGCAAGUGACGCUUGGAGCUAUGGGAUUGUAAUGUGGGAGGUGAUGUCCUAUGGUGAGAGACCGUACUGGGAGAUGUCCAACCAGGAUGUUAUACUGUCUAUUGAAGAAGGCUACAGGCUUCCAGCACCCAUGGGUUGCCCAGCUUCUCUUCACCAACUAAUGCUUCACUGCUGGCAAAAGGAGAGGAACCACCGUCCAAAAUUUGGUGACAUUGUCAACUUUCUAGACAAACUGAUCCGCAAUCCAAGCACCCUUCAUACCUUAGUGGAGGAUGUACUUGUAAUGCCAGAUUCACCUGGUGAAGUUCCAGAAUAUCCUUUGUUUGUUUCAGUCAGUGACUGGCUGGACUCCAUAAAAAUGGGUCAGUAUAAAAAUAACUUCAUGGCAGCAGGUUUCACAACUUUGGAUAUGGUUUCAAGAAUGAGUAUUGAUGACAUUAGAAGAAUUGGAGUUGUACUCAUUGGACACCAGAGACGAAUAGUCAGCAGUUUACAGACUUUGCGGUUACAAAUGAUGCACAUACAGGAGAAAGGAUUUCAUGUAUGAAAGUACUAGAAUCAACUGUGUUUUGUGCCUCAGCAUUUCUAAAAUGGAAAAUACUCUCAUUCUUCCCUUCUGCUCUUCCCAACUUCAAGAACUGCAGUCUCCUGUUCAGAUUAUAAAAGUACUUCUAUGUUAAUGCUUCCAAACAGGAAUUUUUAAUCACACUGCAUAGCUCCUCUGCCAGUUACCUGCUGAUAAAAUCCUGGCCUACUGCAGGAUUCUCGCUACACAUUGAUGAAUAACUCAGCAUGGACGUGUAACUUUGUUUAACAGUAUUUGGGAAACUUUCAUGAACUUACUUGAAAGUAGUAAUCUAUUUGGCCUGGUGUGGCUUCUUUAUCGAUGUAUUUAGAGUUUGCUGGUAGAUCAAAAAGUAUUUGACUUCUUUCAUGUUCUGUGACCAUGUAACUUCCAAUACCAAAUGUGCAAUCAAGAAGUUUGGCAUAUAUAUUUAUUUUAUCUCUUAAUUAAAUCCAAAUGGAUGGGUCCUAUUGUUACAUUACUUUAUAAUAGUUUAAAUGCUGGUAAGUUGGUGCCUCAAAAUGUUAGUAUUGUUUGCAGAAAUGACUGAUGAUUUUAUGUCGCGAGUUUCUGUUGUGUGAAUAAUUGGGAGGACAGUGAAAGAAAUCUCUUUGAAAUCUUAAGGUACUUGGUUUUUAAUUACUUUAGCACUUGACACUUUUUAUGCUUUAAAUUUUAGAUUAGGUUGGAAAACGUGUUCAUCCUUGGAAUUCUUCACCACUCUUCUUUUUUUUUUUUUUUUUUUUUUUUUUUGUGGUACUCAGCAUUUGCUUCUCCUACGUGGCAAGUAUUCACUGGAAAACUGAUUGUAACGUUUCCAUAACCACGUGUAAACAUGCUUGUCAGCUGUAUUGUGGCCACAUAGACUUCAGAAAGCUUUCUGUUCCAAAAAUGCAGGCAUGAACUAAGCAUAAUUUCCACCAGUGGUAGUAGACCUUUGAGGGCCAGCCAACAGUGGGGUGAUGUGCUAAUUCCUGUGGGAGCAGGCCAGCCAUAUCAUCCUCCAGUUGAGGGCAGUGGUACAACCACCAAUUAAUGCUGGAAGUUACGCGCUGCGGUAUUUGGUCUUGUACAUAGGCAGAAGAGGAGGUGUAGGACAGCAGUGUAAUAAUACGUUGCCUUGAGUCUACUUCUAACUGCUUUUAGGAGUAAAAAGCAGACUCUGUUGAAAUGGAGCUCUGGUUACUGUGGGCUGGAUCUUCAUUUAGUGUAAAUGAAAUUGAUGACCAUUACCUUUAGAACUCUUCAAUAGCCAUAUUUACAUGCAAGAAAAUGGCUGCAAAGGCCUAACGUAAUAUUUGUACCUCUCUUAAGAAUUACAGCUUUCAUGUUUUAUUCAGACAACUUACACAGAUGUGCGGGGCUACAUUUCCAAACAUUUGCAUGAGAUAUGCGCUUCUGGAAACAGGGGAACAAGCGCAUGUCUGUGUGCUGCAGAAAUCAUGCGCAGAUCUACAUGCAUGUCACAUGUAAACUGGAUGCAGAUGCUUUUGUUGAUUUAUACAUAGUUUGGAGGAUGUUUUUGAGUUACGUGUCAUUCCAAUAUACUCAAGCUUUACAACUCUUCUGUUAAAAUGUGCGUUUGGGUAAUUAUUAUAAUAUAUGUGUAUAUCAAAAUGAACUAAAUACUUUAUGUAAUCAUAAUUAUAUUUACUGCUUAAUUUACAGCUUGUAAAUCAAAAUGUAUUUCCUAACUCUUGGAAAAGGCUGCCAUUGUAUACAAGUGGCAAAGAAGGAAAAUCAGAAAGCAAUUCAGAAAGGAUUAUGCUUCCAACCAGUUCACACAGUAAGACAUGCUAGGCCUGAUUCUCUGUUGUCACUUUACGUUGGAAUAAUUGCAUUAAUUUAAGAGGGAUGACAGUAGUGCACCAAGUAAAUUUUCUUUUCUUUCAUUAAAAAAAAGGAAUUAACUGAGGAACAAGUUUUCUAAAGAUCAGGAUUCACUGGUGUUCUGCAAUGCCAAUUUAAUGAUCUUCUUUAAUUAAGGGCAGUACCAAUCCUAUUCUAGCUACAAAGGUAAUUUUGCCAGCAUGAGUAGUGCCAUUGAACUCAGCAGGACUGUACAAGCAUGUACAUUUAGCAAGAUCACAGGCCGUCAGUGGGAAAAAAAGCAUUUGUUCUUUUCUGUGACUGUCACUUGAAAAAUUCUGCCCCAGUUCCACAUCUGAAUAAUUUUUUGGUAAAAGUUCUCUUACAGAAAGAAAACCACACUUACCUGAAGCCUUUUAAAAAAUACUAUCAUCACAGCAUAAUUUAGGAGUUGAUUUUCCUUUAUCAUUUUGUUAUCCAUUUUGCCUGUCAUUGCUUCCGUGGCCAACAACAUGACAUCUGUGCAAGGAGCCUCUCUCACAAUUAAAUACACUGCCAAGGAGGUAUGAGUCUGUUAUUUGUCAAUGGGGUUUCAAAAUUACUCAUAACUAAUCCAAACCGUGUAUGUGCACUUUUAAAUUCUCCUUCGCAUGUUUUUUUCAUCACUGGUAGUGUGGAUGCAGAGCGGUAUAUUACAUGCACACAACCUAGAUAUAUUUCAUGGACAUUAAUUUCCAAAUUUAUCAUACUACUGAAAAUAUAUUUUCAAUAGAGAAAAAUCAAUAUUAAAACAUGUAUUAAUCAGAUAUAUUUUUUAUAUAAUCAAGAGUUUGGGUAACAAGAAAGGAAAGAACAAGGUAUUCUUUGGGUGAGGGCAUUUAUUAAAAACAUUGUAAAUCCAGGAUUUUGUUGGUUUAUAGAGCUUGAUUUUUUUGUUGCUCUUGUGGUGCAGUAUGACACUUUCAUAAUAGUUAUCUUGAUCAAAUUUACAUAUUCCCCAUUUUGGAAACAUUUUAUUUGCUCUUGCUCCAAUUCCAAGCCUACUCUUGUUUUGGUUUUCCUAAUUUUUUCAUUUAAAAACAAACAAAAAAACAAUAGAUGUUAUUUUCCAAAUGUGAGCUUAAUUCUGUGCAGACCACAAAUGUACAUGUGAAAUCAGAGCAACUUUCUUUGUUACAGAGGAUACUUUCUUCAGGUGAAAAACAGCUCUAUUUAGUUUUGCUGUAUAUUGCAAUGUGCAGUUAGAGUUUAAAUUUCACAAAUUGAAGCAAAUCUAGUAAGCUGUCUUUGAGAAUCUGGCCACAUUGCGGAGUGCUUCAUGAUUAAAAGUAGUCAUUGAAAAUUCACUAAAUGAAGUGUGUAUGCAUGAUAUGCAAGCCAAAAAAAAAAAAAAAGGCAUUAAAAUGUGGACAUAAGGAAAUGAAAUUGUUCAAAGUUAUUUACAAGUGAUAUUCAUGUGUAGAUUUUUCUCACAGAUCUGAUUGUCAUUAAUCUAGAAUAUAAUCUGUCUAUCUGUACUGCUAUGACUACUUGCAUAUCACUUAAGCACCUAAAACACAGCUUAAGUCAUGGCCUUGACUGCUUUGCAGGACCAUGUUAGUGUGUCUUGGCUGACAAGUGCACUGCACUGCCCUUGUCCAUCAUGUGCCAACAGCAGCGCUUCUAAAGUUGACUGACGGGCAACUUGGAUGUCCAUGCACUUGUCAUUUAGAGCCCGGAGACCUACUGGGAGGAAUUCUUCUCACCUAAUCUUGGAGGUCUGCAUUUGAGCUAGUCAUGUGAGGUUCCCUUUUCAUCAAUGAGGAGAAGUGGGCCCUUGUAGGAUGCGAGUCAUCUAACAAAUGUAAUUAUUUAUUUCUUGGUUAGAUGAAUUGUGCCAAAGAGGCACCUGUUUCUCUGCAUUAAAAGAGAUCAAAAUUACUAGUUCAUAUGCAGGCAUCUGUGUUUGGUCAGAUGAAUCUCAUGCACUGAUUGCAUCUAGUCCUUAUGCUGCACCUAUGAAAAAAGAGAGAAUUUGUGCUGGUGUUAAAACUGAACAAGUAACUGCAGAAGGUUUAGUAGAUUUUGCUCAGGAGGGGUUUGCACAUUGGAAUUACUGAGAAGCAUUGGGACUCCAUUAGAUGAAAGAAAGAGAAUUGAGCUAUGUAAUUUAAUUUUUUCUUAAACAAAAGUUACUCUUUUUGUUGCCCAUGAAUGUAAAUUCAGUUUCUGUCCAAUAAAAGCUUAGACACAUGCUAUGCUUUAAGACAUCAGCCAAGACUUUUCAGCAUAAGGCAAUUUUUUAAACUGCAAAUAGUGCACUCAACUAUAAAUGCAAAUAGACUAGUUGUUCUGGACAAAGCAUUCUCUGGCCAAAAUUGUAUCAGGUAUUAUCUGGAUUAUUCUGACAUGGAACUCAUACACUGUAGUACUUUGAUUCUUCUGUAAUUUAAGACUGACUUUCCAUUUUCCAUUUUUUAUAUGACGAGCCUAAUACUGGGCUCCAUGAAUUUAUUUUUCAGGGCAGAUUCAUACAGGAUCCAAAGGUGGGUCAUAAGUAACAUACAGAUGCCUUUUAUUCAGACACAGUAGAGAUUUACCAUGUGGAAUAGCUAGGACUGCAGAGAUGCCUAGUAAGACUCUAUUUAAACUACAGCAAUUUCCAUGUUAGAAUGACCCCAUAGGACUGCAUCAGCCACCAAGGUAAAGCAGCAUAGAACAUACUUGUAUUGAAGACUAGUUGCUAAAUUUCAGCUGGCCACAUUGCAAAUUGAAACAUGUGUUAAACUGUUUUAACUGAGCUGAUGGAAUGGUUCUAUGGGACACAUUCUGGCAGCUGAGAAUUUCUCUUGUGAACACAAGGCACCUGUAAUUACCCUGUCAUGGGGUCAGUCUGUCUUGGAAUAUGUUCCACAGAGAGUGGAAAGGAGGGCUCCCAAUUCAGUCCAACACAUCUUUUAGAGUAACAAAAAUUAAAGUACUAAUAAAAAGUCUGUCUUCCAUUGCAUCUUCUAGGCAAAAUAUUAAGAAUAGAGAUACUUCACUUCUGACACUUGCACAUGGUCGAAGAGCACUGUAUUCUGUUAAACAGUUCUCUUAUUUGUUCGCCAAGUGUAAUUGAUCUUUCCUGAAUAAAUGGCAAAGAUAAUCUUAUUCUUUUCUUUUUAUAAUGGUACUGUUAUUUUUUGAGAGUGAGGGAAAGAUGUGUUGGGCUGAGCUAAAACUUAGUAGGACAGUGGCCUUGAAAUCUCCUGGAGAGACAAAUGAAUCAGCACUGAAAAGCGGAAAAAAAAAAAUGCCUAAAGCCUACAAUAAGGUGAACAGGAAGAACUGUCCAUAUUGUGCUGAGGAGCAUCAACAAACCAAACCAAAAGAGAAAAGGAAAGAGAAAAAAGAAAGGAAAUGAAAAGAAAAAGAAAAAAGAAAAAGAAAAAGACAAAAGAGAAAAAGGAAAAGGAAAAGAAAGAAAAAAAGUGUUGCAUAAGGCUGUUCCAUGCACUUAAAACUCACAAAUAUCUUCUACCAUCAUACACUGUAUUUAGUAGUGCACACUGCUCAUCUCAUCCAUGAGUGCUAUGGUUGCAUAUAGUUCCUCAGAUUAUGGACCAGGAUAUGUUAAGCACAUUAUGGAUAUAAAAUAUUUGUCUAUAUGUACAGAAAUAAUUGUAAAUAUAACAUGUAUCAUAAUAUCCGAGAUUUUUCAAACCUACAGGAUUAAUUAUGUAACUCCCAAUAAUGGGGUUGAUCUGCCUCACUGACUUUUAAAAUUUGUAAUGGCAUGCACUGUAUGUGUAUAGUACUUCCCAGACUUCCUUGGCUUCUUAUCUGGAAAGGGACAGACUCUGUUUCUCCACAGGCAGGAAAAGCGUUUUCAAACUGGCUUACAGAAAGCUGCCUGGUCACCUGAUGCUGACGCUUCUUCUGCCACCACACCAAACCCCUUUCUACUGAUUCUUGUCUGUACGACUGAUUACUGUAGAAAUCAUCAGUGAUCAUAAAGAGGAAGCAAGGUACCCAUGAGCCAGCAUCUCCAGUAAGAGGUAGUCCAUGCUAUAAAAAGGUUGAGUCCAUCUGCUGAAGUCACCAAAUACGUUUAAACAGUAUAUGAAUUAUUUUAUUUUAAAUAGCCACUUAUAGACACUUGUGAGGUUAAAAUGAGAGACAUUUUCAAGGGAAUAUGAGUAAAGAUAUGCCAUUUUAUAAUCUAAAAAGAUGUGCUAAAUUUUAGAAAGGAAAACUAACAAAAAUGCCUGAUAAAAAACAUGAAGUUAAAAAACAGAUUUGAGUUAAAAUAUAUUUCCAUAUCUUAUAUGUGAAAUAAUAUAAUGCCAGUUCAGUGAAAUCUAUUUGUGUCUAUGUUUCUUUAAAUAUUCAGCAUUAGUAUCUCUUAACCUUUCUUUCCUGCAAGAGAUUUCCGAAGUACCUUUCUCUCCCAGAAGGUUUUAGCAUAUUGUCUGAUUUUUCACACCUGUGUAAUUAAACUGGAAUAAAAAAUGCCAAGUCAUGAAACUGAAGAUAUGGGAAAAAAUAUAUUUAAAAGAUCAGUCUCAAAAUCACUGGAAGUUUUCACACUUGUUCUACUUUGUUCCUGUCCAAAAUUUUGACCUAUAUCUAAGCAUCUGAGCACUUUGACUAGCAGGUAACUAAACAUGUGUCUCAGUAAUGAUGUAUGUACUGUGCCACUGUGCCGUGUUCAGAAAUUCUGCAAUCUAUAAACAGUUCCAUGUUUGUAUGGCUUAAUUCAGAUAAGGAGGCUCAUUAGAAAUGGGACUAUUUACAUGGGCAGAGUUAGGCAUAAAAGACUUGCAAAUCCAAGUCCCUGUAAAAUAUUUGUAAGGCAGCGUAAGAUAUAUUUGUCAUUUUUUUCAACUUCAGUACCACACAUGGUUUCCUUCAGCAGUCCAGUAUAUUCAUUGAUACUAUGACAAAACCUCCUCUGCACAUUGUUCUUCAUAUGUGAGAAGAUAUUGCUGACCUUUUUCUUCGUUUGGGAAGUACUACACAUUUUGAGGAAUAUUCAUCUCUAACAUGUGCAUCAUCAAGCUGAUUACAAAUUUGUGAAUAUAUUUCUUGUUAUUGACAAUUGAGUGAAAAACUGCCAAGCAGCAGCAUGUAUGUUGAGCUGCAGAUAAGACAAAACCCUGGGACUGAAAAUUCACAAAUCAAAGAGAAAUCUAGCCCUCUAUAUUAUGAACUGUGUGAUGCCUGAAGCCUUGGUUGUAUAGAAAGCCACCUUGAACCUAGGAUCUGGAAAAUCGAAUUUGACAGAAAUCUACAUUGGAAUCCAAAUACUAAUUUCUGGUUGUGAAUGAUGAAAAAGUGCCCCCUGAAACACUCAAGGGAGUAUUUUCAUAGCAUCAUCACAGUGAAAUGCUCUGAGGCUCCUCUACGACAGUAACAGGCAAUAAACUAGUUGCUGGUUUUCCAGGGCCCCGCCUACGAAAAAAACUGGUAAAAUUGUCAUCAUUUAGAUUAGAGCCUGUAGUCCAUAUUGUGCUAAGGAAAAAUAACAACAACAACAACAAGUAUAAGGCAACUCACAAAUACCUUCUACCAUCAUAUACUGUAUUCAGUAGAACACACUGCUCAUCCAUGAGUGCUAUGGUUGUAUAUAGUUCCUCAGAUUAUGGACCAUUUUUUAAGAAGCUGAAUGCUCUGAGUUUUAUAACUUACCAUUAUAGUCCCUUUAUGUACAAUAGGAUUAGCUGAGAAAGACAAAGUGCAGCAAAUGUUUCAAAUCUGUAGAUUAUUUUAGCUACUAAAUGCCAACUUUAGAAGUUCAAUUUUUGUCUUGGAAAAGAUCUGCUCUAAAACACCUGGUAUUUCCAACUCCUGCUGAAAAAUUUUAAUUAAUUUCUUGAUGGAGUAAUUCCUGGGACAAUGAUGUAACUGUGAGGAAUUAACUGUUUCAGUAUCAAUAGGCAUGGUCUUGCUGUGAUCGAAAUUCAUGAGAGGUUGUUAUGACUUCACUGGCAGUGAGAUGAAGCCCUGUCUUAUACAUACAUGAUGUAGCAUUCAGGUGUCCAAACAAAUUCUCCUUUCCUGCAUUCCGCUACUGUCAUGCUUGACUUGUUAAAGAAUCAGCACUUAUUAGGACACACACUCUCCUGUCAUUCAAAUGUAUUGCUAAAACUUUUUUGCUAGUUUUAAUUUCUCCAUUGAGAGUUUCAGGCUGAGAUGUAGGUUGGUCAUUCAGGGCUUGAUCCAAAAUCAGUUAAAUGUGUAAGAAGAUGUCAACAGACUGUAACAGGUUUUGGAUUAAGAGUUUCUAUAGAUUUGCAUGGAACAGAUGGCCUCAUUUAAUAGGGGGGAAAAGAGUGCACUAAGCAUAAAAGACAAUGCUAUGACCUCAGGGAUGUGAUGAAAUAGAUUAUGGUUACCUUCAAUAUGGUAGACCUGAAUUGCAAGGCACGAAAGGUGAUUGCUGCACUGUUUUAUUGGAAUGGGCCACCAUCUCUGAGAUUGUAAUAAGUAUUUAAAAUUAUUUAAUAGAGAGUCUAACAUGAAUGUUUUCUGUUUGUUUGUUUGUUUGUUGUGGGGGUUGGUGAGGUUUUUUGUUUGGUUGAGGUUUUUUUUUUUUCUUUUUUGGUUUUGGUUUGGUUCUGGUUGGUUGGUUGGUUGGUUGGUUGGUUGGUUGGUUGGUUGGUUUCUGCUAGAAAAUUCUCCAAAUUCCUGCAGUUAAAUUCAGGAUAAAACCAUGAUCCCCAUCAAACAAACAGAACCUACAAAAAAAUAGGAUUUAUCUGUCCUUUUUCAUAAAGAUAUAGCAUUAUGCAAUAUGAUCUCCCCUUCAUAGUAACAGUUCUAUCUGAUCAUUUGCCUCUUUGAACAAGCUGUUCUAUACUCCUAGUGCAUUGCAGUGUAAAUUUGGAGAUUUGCCAGUUAAUGAAAGGCAGGCACAGUAGCAAAUAAAAUAACUAAUGCCCUCCUAGUGGUUCUGUUUACUGGACUCUUUUGUUAGUUCCCUAUCUCAAGAAAAACAUCCUACUCUAAAAUUCCUAACAUGUAAAUGCAUAAGCAUUUUAAAGCUUAUGGCUAUGAUAACCUGUCUGCCUCUCCCCAAGAAGCAGCUAGCUUUGAAUUGUCAGUGUAGCAUUUUAAUAUCAUUUCUUUUGCAGCAAUGUCUUCCUCCAGUUUCUCUACAUAAAGUUUCUUGGUUAACUCUGGUGAAGGAACUGGAUCCAAUCAGUACUUCAGUGUAUGUUGUUCUUACCUAAAGCCUUGUGACUGUUUCUCUUGAGGCCAAUAUAAAAAUUCUGUGAUGGUAUCAGUUACAUCACGCACGGUCAUGCUGUGUCUGAAAACCUGGACACUAACAAAAAGGGCUUGUUCUUUUUGGUGUGGUACAACCCAUAUUGACUUUGGUAAUGACAACAGGUACUCUGCACUUCUCAGGACUGCAUCUGCAGUUUAACAAGGAAAAAAAAAAAAUCUUUAAAUGCUUAUGUGAAACUGUAUAUACUGAGAGGCAAUAGUUUAUUUUCUAGCAAAGCAACUUUCAUUGUUUUAAUUUUGUCAUCAGGGUUGGUUUUUUUUAAAUACAAACCACUUUCACUUACAGAAAAGAUACAAAAAAAAAAAUUUACUACCUUCCAAAAAUUAGCUUGGAUUUUUCUCUUGGAAGAUCGUAGAAUCACAGAAUGGUUUGCAUUGGAAGGGCCCUUAACGAUCAUUUCAUUCCAACCCUCCCUGCCAUGGACAGGGACACCUUCCACUAGACCAGGUUGCUCAAAGCCACAACCAACCUGGCUUUGAACACUUCCAGGGAUGAGGCAUCCACAACUUCUUUGGGCAGCCUGUUCCAGUGUCUCACCACCCUCAUGGUGAAGAACUUCUUCCUUAUGUCUAAGCUAAAUAUACCCUCUUCUAGUUUAAAGCCAUUACCCCUUGUCCGAUCUCUACAUGCCCUUGUAAAAAGUCCCUCUCCAGCUGUCUUGUAGGUCCUCUUUAGGUACUAAAAGGCUGCUAUAAGGUCUCCCCAGAGCCUUCUCUUCUCCAAGCUGAACAACCCCAACUAUCUAGCCUGUGUUCACAGCAGAGGUGCUCCAGACCUCUGAUCAUCUUCAUAACCCUCCUCUGGACCUGCUCCAACAGGUCCAUGUAUUUCUUAUGUUGGGGACCACAGAGCUGGAUGCAGGACUCCAGGUGGGGUCUUACCAGAGCAUGGUAGAGGGUCAGAAUCAUCUCCCUUGACCUGCUGCCAUGCUCCUUUUGAUGCAACCCAAGAUACAGUUGGCUUUUUGGUCUGGAAGUGCAGGUUUCUGGGUCAUGUUUAAUUUCUCGUCAACCAACACCCCUAAGACCCUCUCCUCAGGGCUGCUCUCAAUCCAUUCUUCGCCCAGCCUGUAUUUGUGCUUGGGAAUUCCCAACCCAUGUGCAGGACUUUGCACUUGACAUUGUUGAACUUCAUGAGGUUCGCACAGACCCACCUCUCAAGCCUGUCCGGGUCCCUCUGGAUGGCAUUCCCUUCCCUCCGGUAUGUGAACCGCACCACACAGCUUGGUGUUGUCAGCAGACUUGUGAAGAAUGCACUCAAUCCCAACAAAGAUGUUAAACAGCACCAGUCCUAGCACCAACCCCUGAGGAAUGCCACUUGUCACUGGUUUCCACUUGAACAUUGAGCCGUGGACCCUAACUCUUCAAGUGCGCCCAUCCAGCCAAUUCAGUAUCCACUGAGUGGUCCAUCUAUCAAAUCCAUGUCUGUUCAAUUUAGAGACAAAGCUUUAAAGUCAAAUGCUUUGCACAAGUCCAGGUAGAUUAUGUCAAUUGCUCUUUUCUUAUCCACCAAUGCUGUAACUCUGUUGUAGAAGGCCACCAAAUUUGUCAGUCAGAGUUUGCCCUUAGUGAAGCCAUAUUGGCUGUCACUGAUCACCACCUUAUUUUCCAUGUACCUUAGCAUAGCUUCCAGAAGGAUCUAUCUGCUUCAUGAUCGUGCCAGCCACAGAGAUCAGACUGACUGUCCUGGAGUUCCCCAGGUCUUCCUUUUUUCCCUUUUUAAAAAUGGGGGUUAUGUUUCCCCUUUUCCAGUCAGUGGGAACUUCACCAGACUGCUACGAUCUCUCAAAUAUGAUGCAUAGUGGCUUAGCAACUUCAUCUGCCAGUUCCCAUGGAUGCAUCUUAUCAGGUCCCAUGGACUUGUGCAUCUUCAGGUUCCUUAGAUGGUCUCAAACAUGUUUUUCUCCUACAGCAGGCAGUUCUUCAUUCUCCCAGUCCCUGCCUUUGCCUGCUGUGACUUAGGUGGUGUAGCUACAGCACUUCCCCAUGAAGACUGAGGAGAAAGAGUCAUUGAGUACCUCAGCCUUCUCCAUAUCCUGGGUAACCAGAUCUCCCAUUUCCUUCCAGAGAGGGCCCACAUUUCCCCUAGUCUUCCUUUUAGCACCAAUGUACCUAUAGAAGCUUUUCUUGUUGCCCUUGACAUCCCUGUCCAGAUUUAAUUCUAUCAGGGCUUUACUUUUUCUAACCUGAUCCCCGGCUGCUCGGACAAUUUAUCUAUAUUCCUAUAACGUGGUUGGUAUGUUUUCUCAGGAUAGUCACUAUUUCUGUGUGUUGGUUUUAAAAGUAUCUCAAUUAAAAGGGGUUUUAAUCUCUGUCUCUUCUGUGAAAUUAGAUUGUAUACAAUUAAAUAUGACUGCUCUCCAUAGUUUGCUGUUCUAGCAUAGCCAUAAAAUGUAUCAAUGUAUGUGUAUAUAUGAAUAACUAUUGGAUGACAGACACUUUAGAUUAUAUAUAUAAGCAGCCAUGUCAAAACUUUAAAGGUAGAUGGCUGCAAAAGUAACAGUAUAAUCAUAAUACUCACAAACUAUUUUACAAACAAACCGUGGCCUCAGCACAGAUCUCAUAUCCUUACCAGUAGUCUGAAACCCACCUUGUCUUUAAAGACCCUCAGAUAACAUUUGUUUUGCUGUUGCUUCUUUUCCUCUUACCGAACCGUAUGUUAAUAAUGACAACUACCUGUGGCUCAGUCUUCGCCAUUCGUCUCACAGAAAAGCAGCCGUGGCACCGUACCUCUGGGUUGUGUCUUCAUCGGUCUGAACUUGUGUAGCAUUGCACAGAGCAAGCACCAUCUACUCAUUCUGGGAGACUGAACAUUUCUCAGCUGGUAUUAUUGGUUUCCCCCUGGGACUGCCUCACUGUUCAGAAUGACAUUUCUUCAUGUAAUAUAUCUCCCAUAUGUGUUCCCACUGCAUUUUUAUUUCUGCCUUUUUGCCAGUUUAUAACAGUAUUGUAGGAAUAGCCAUGUAAUAAAAAGCUUAAUAUACUGAUUUGCAGUCCCAAGGGGAAUUUACAUUUGAAGCAAAGUUGUUAUUAGUUACUGAAAAGUAGUGUUAUCUUAUUUUUAUUAUUAUUAUUAUUAUAUUCCUAUGAUAAUAUGAUGUUCCAUGUAAAUUUUCAUGUGCUGGCAUGCCUACAAGUUAAUAGUGUUAAUAGAAUGCUCAGCUCUCAACAUUAGGCUGUUUUUAAGGUGAAUUACAUUACAUAUGCCAUCUCUUUGCAGAAAGAAUAUGGGGUUUGGCAAAGCUACCUGCUGAGCAACAUAAUAAGAUUUUUGUACAAAGUACAAGUUACUGAUUAUUAUUGUAUUUUAUUUUUCUAUGAUUUCCUAAGAGGCAUUAUCAGGUCUUACAGAUGGGGUAAGCCUGUUUAUUAAGAUAUUUAUUAGCAAAUAAAAGUUACAGUACUGGUGGUUAUUUUUGAGUUAAUGGUGUUUGUUUUGCCUUAAGUUACUAAUAUAAUGAUACACGGUGAAGCCUGUCAUACAUGAUCAUGCAAAAAAACCCCAGCUGCUUAACACAGGGUGGUGUACUAAUAAAGAUGGACCAGCAAUAUGUUCUAACACUCGA